GAAUCCGUUGUCAUUCACCUUGCUUGAGCCCACCAUAAAGAAAAGCGAAUCAUCGUCUCCAAUCAUGGGAGCAGUGUGGAGUUGGGUGGAAAAAAACCAAAGAGUGCCGAAUUGAUUGAGUUGCUAGGUUUCUUAAGGGGACCCUUCAGGUUUUUCAGGUUCUGAACAAGCUGAUACAUAUUCCUGUUGUUUCCCUCUGUUCUCCAAACUCUCAACAUUAUUUGUGUCAUUUCUGGAUCAUCCAACCACAUGUUGCAGAAUCUGAAGGGGGCUUUUGUUUAUUUGACCAGGAUUCCCUCCUUCCCUAUCCUUUGCUUCCAGCACUGCAUUAAAAUCCCCAAUGCAACACCAAGGUUCAACCAUAUUAUGAGCAUACUUCCUGAUGCUAUCCCACAAUGGCUUCCUGCUCAAUUGGUCAUUAAAACCAUAAACAAAAGGUUAUUUAACCCUCUGAUGUUCCAGCUGAGUAUCAUGUCUUCCUGGUUUGACCUCCUGUUUUUUCCUGCAAACGUCACUAACAUGUCCCAUUCUGCUGCACUUUGCACAUAUGGAUGGUCUCCAUGCCUUCACGAAGACAGGUUUAUUGUCAAAAUAAUAAAACCUACGUUUCAGCACUUCAUCCCUUUCCUCCAUUUUCUUGAAAUUUACAAUAUACUGACCUUCCUUCAAGAAAAACACCUCCUCAAGGCUAUAUUCUCUCCAGAUUCUGCGAACAAAUCCAUCAAUAACCUCCACUGGUGGGCUCUACAGGGCUAUCAACAGGUGAUGGCCAUGAUGCAACAGACAGGGGCAUCAUGCCAUUUGCCUUCCCUGGCAUAUAUGCCGCCAACCAUGACUCCCAUGGCACCCCCGAUGUCGACCCCAUCAACAUUCGUUCCAAGGAUGGUCCUUGUGCGCCCGGUGAAUUUGACAGGGAUCAUGAAUGAGGCAGCGCCCUCAAAUGUACAUGAAAUCGAUGAGGCGGAGCAAGAGGCAGCCCGUAGAAGGAAGGGUAAGGCUAUAGCCAAAUCCAGCAAGACCCAAGAUUCGGCGUUCAAACGCCUAGGGGACAAAGAUGAUGGACCCCGCAAGUCUACCAAGCUACGUCUUGGUCCUGAGAUGGGCCGGACUAGCGCAAUGGAAAGACUUGGCGGGAGUCGUCCCGCCCAAUCUCGUCGUUCUAGGGAAUCUGAGACGAUUCACCUAGACGAGGAGGAAGCUGAAAGCCAGCCCAGGGCAUCAGCGUAUACCAGGCUCUCAUACGAUGAGGAUGACCUGGACAAGAUAGGGAGCGUAGCAAGAAAGUUACGUGCUCUGGAGGAAAAAGUGGAAGAGAAGGCGGGAGCAAAGAAGUAUACCUUGGCCAAAUCUCCCUUUUCAGCCAGGGUACAUGCACAAAAACUGAGGCGGAAGAUCAAGCUAGACGUGGAGAAGUUCACUAGAAAAGAGGAUCCAAAUGUCCACCUUGAUACCUUCCACAACGCAGCACAGAUGGCCGGGUGCACUGAUGCUGAGGAGUGCUUGCUCUUCUUCUCAUCCUUGAGAGGGAGGCCAGACAACUGCAUUAAGAGAAAGAAGUUCACCUACCUUAACACGGUAGGGCAGAGGGAGAAGGAGUCCUUGACUCAAUUCUUAACCCGCUGGAGGGACGAGGUUGACAAGGUAGAAGAGAUGGACGAUAAGAUGGCCAUGUCUUUGUUGAUGAAUGUCUUCCGGUCAGGUGACCUCUACACUGAAUUCUGUAGGAGGCCACCCUCCUCUUAUCAGGAAGCCUACAAUACGGCAUGGGAGUAUGCCGAGGCGGAAGUGCUGAAUAAGAGCAAGCGAGAAUUGGAGGAGGGCUAUACAAAGGUGAAAUCCGACAAACCGAAGAAGGAUGACCAGACGGGAGGGUCCAAGCCAAAAGCCACGUAUGACGGAUCUGUCCAUCAAAUAAGGGAUGAUAAGAAGGGAGAGCAACCCAAGAGGCCAUGGACGGAAAAGUGGUGUACCUACCACCAAUCUGACUCCCACAAUACGACGGAUUGUCGAAAUGUCAAGGUUGUGCUCAAGGAGAUGGCCUUGAAGGGAGAGCUUGAGGAAGAAGGCGGGGACACUGCCUCCCAGCGGAAGAACUGGGCCAGGAGCUUGCACGUAGCGGUGGUUUCCUUGGAAUCACAAGGAAAGCAGGCAAGGAGGGAACCUAUCACUUUCACUGAUAGGGAUCUGCCCAGGACGGGGGGAGAUCAUAAUGACCCUUUGGUCAUUACAAUGGACAUCAAUGGGGCUGAUGUGGCCAGGGUCCUGGUUGACACCGGAAGCAGUGUCAAUGUUUUAUACUUGGAUGCCUUCAAGAAAUUGAAGCUUGACAGGUCCAUGCUAAGGCCGCUACAAACUCCAUUAUCAGGCUUCCCCGGGGCUAGCAUAGAAGCAGAAGGUCAGAUAACCUUAUCGGUUACCUUGGGGUCAGGUAACAAGACAGUGACCAAACAAAUGAGAUUUGUUGUGGUCGACAUCAAAUGUGUGCAUAAUGCCAUUCUGGGUAGGCCUGGAAUCAACCAGGUUAGGGCCAUUAUUUCCAUGGCACACUCAUGCAUGAAGUUUUACACUCCCAAUGGAAUCGGGGAGGAAAGGGGUGAUCAAAAGAAUGCUCGGUCCUGCUACUUGGAAGCAGUCAAGAAAAUGACCCGCCAAUUCGAACAAAUUGAAUUGGUCUCCCAGCAGGUAGACAAGGGUGAGGAGAAGGCUAGGAUUGAGCCGGAUGCAAACACGGAGGAGAUCCAGAUUGAUGCCUCCAAUCCUGAAAGGAAGGCCUUAAAUGGGGCGGAAAGUAGGUACACUCCUACGGAGAAGGCAGGGUAUGCACUUUUCAAAACAGCAAAGAAACUCACGUCCUACUUCAAGGCCCACCCCAUCGUCGUGUUGACCGACCUGCCAUUGGGCACGGUCAUGAGGGACUCCACUUCAUCAGGAAGAAUGAUCAAAUGGGCCAUGAUGUUGACCCAAUUCAACAUCGAAUAUCGCCCGAGGACGGCGAUAAAAGGCCAAGCUGUGGCUGAUUUUCUUGUGGAGAUGACGGGUCACCAAGAAGAAGAACCAGCCAGGGCUAUCACAGAGCCUUGGUGGUCCAUGUCAGUAGAUGGAGCCUCUGGACCGAAAGGUUACGGGGGAGGUGUAGUAUUCACAACUCCAGAAGGGUUCAAGGUGUAUCAUGCCUUGAUCUUUAAUUUCAAGCUUACAAACAAUGAAGCUGAAUAUGAGGCGUUGAUAGGGGGUCUGAGAUUGGCCAAAACCCUGCAAAUCACAUGCCUCAGGAUCAAGUCCGAUUCAAGCUUGGUGGUAGGCCACAUCAAUGGCAACAUGGAGGCCAAAGGAGAGAAGAUGCAGAAGUACAGAGACUUGGCAAGGGCACUAUUGAAGGGCCUGACUGAGUAUGUGGUGGAGCAAAUCCCUAGGGGCGAGAACACCGACGCUGACUUGCUAUCAAAAUUGACGCAAGCAGCCCCGGAACAUGUGUCGAAGUUGGCAAGGAUUGAGACGCUGGAAAAGGCUAGUAUUGAAGGGCUUUCUGUUAGCCUGAUAGAGGAGGAUGGACAACCAAAUCCAGGCCUGGUGGAGCCAGAUGAUAUUUGGAUGGAUGACUUGGUCAAGUAUUACAUGACCGAGCAAUUCCCUGAGAAUGAGGACAAGGUAAGAAAAGUAAAGUUGAGAGCUCCCAGAUUCCAAAUGCUUGAUGGAAGGUUAUACAAAAGAGCAUUUGGUGGUCCAUUGUUGAGGUUCUUAACAAGGGAAGAGGCGGAAAGAGUGAUCGUAGAGGUUCACGAGGGUGUCUGUGCAGCCCACCAAAUGUCCAGGACACUCGCACAAAGGAUUAUCCUGCUAGGUUACUUCUGGCCUACAAUGAACCAAGAUUGUGAGAAGUAUGUGCAAAGGUGCAAAACUUGCCAGGUGUUCUACAAAUUUCCAGGAAGGCCUGCGACAUACUACAAUCCAGUUUCCAAUGUUAUUCCAUUCGCAAGAAUGAGUCAAGACUCGACUCACGGUCAGGCAAACCCUCAUGCGGAGCCUGAGCACGUUAGUGUGCAUACGGUGGACACUGAAGCUUCCAGCUACGUACCCCAACAACAACAGCCUCAGCCGGAACCUCAGCAUGUUCCGGAGCAGUUCACGGGUCAGAACCCGAAUAUGGCCAUUCCGAUGUUCCAACCACAAAUGGUUGCUAACAUGUUUCAGUUCUUCCAGAAGAUGGCUGGAGCACAUGUGCCUCCUCCACCACCUCCUGUACCCAUCAUAUCGAUUGAGAAACUCAAGAGGAAUGAGGCGCAGAAAUUUUGUGGCGAUCAGAUAGCGAAUCCCCUAUUAGCCAAGCAUUGGAAAGAACGCACUGGGAAGCUGACUCUCCCCGAGUACCGUCAGCAGUUUGACGGGUUGUCUGAGUUUGGUAAAGACUUAGUCAACACCAAGGAGAAACGCUGCAAGAAGUUCAUCAAGGAUAUAAGACCCGACCUCUCAUCAUCACUCAUAAUAGUUCCCCGAGCCGACAUCAAUGAUGUUUACAAGAAGGCUCUUGAACUGAACGAGGAGCUCAUCAAGAAGGCUGCGUACGAUCAAGCUUUGCUGGAAGAAAGUCAGGCCGUCCAAUCAGGCCCGAAGAUUGGGCAUGUUAACAAGAGGACCUUGUCCGCACCGAGCAUUUCUCGUCAUGAUAAGCGAGUGAAAUCUACUCCCUCUACGUCUGUGACCGUGACUAGUAAGAGUGGGAAGGAGAAAGCGACAUACCGUAAACCUGGAUGCUCAGACUGUGGCCGCAGGCAUGCUGGUGAGUGUUGGCUCACACAGGGUCUUUGCCUCUGGUGUGGUCAGGCAGGUCACUUUCGUCAGGCAGGUCACUUUCGGAAGGAUUGCCCGACGAACCCAGGCAAGGUUUUCUCCACAGCACCAGGCACGCCGGGUGUUUCAACUGUCCGACGGGCCGAGCUUACCCAGAGUCAUCAUUCCACGGCUACUUCUAACCAGCCGAAAAGACCAGCAUCCAGUCAACAGCAAGAACGAGCACUAGCUUGUACGUAUGCCAUGCAAGGGCGUAAAGAUCCGCAGGCUAAUGAUGUUAUCAUGGGUAUAUUCACUUUAUUUGAAAUCACUGUAUCUGCAUUAAUUGACCCUGGAUCUACCUUAUCGUACAUAUGUAUACCCAUGCCUGUUAAGUUUGACAUCAUUAAGGAAACUCUCGAGCAUCCAGUAGUUGUGUCAAACCCACUAGGAAAUAGUCUACGUCUUCAGCAUGUCUAUAAUCAAUGUUUGUUGACGGCUCAAGGAAAGGUAUUCUUAGCCGAUCUCAUUGAACUCCCUCACAAGGAGUUUGACGUUAUACUUGGCAUGGACUGGUUGACAAAACACCAGGCUAUUGUCGAGUGCAAGGAACGAGUGGUGAAACUUCGUACUGAUGAUGGUAACGAAGUGAUCAUUCGGGGAGAACUUCUGCCGAAAGCCCCGGAAUUCAUCUCUUAUAUGCAAGCAAAACGGCUCAUUCACAGGAAAUGUAAAGCAUUCUUGUGCACUAUUAAGGAUAUACAAAAGGAAACACCUAACCAUAAGGACAUAUCUGUGGUUUGUGACUUUUUCCUGAUGUAUUUCCUGAAGAACUUCAUUGUCUACCUCCUCCAAGAGAAUUUCUUCUUCUUCUGCGGUAUUUUCGAUCAUCAUCACCGUCAUGAGUUCAUCGUCAUCACCGGCGGUCAACACCGUUGUUCCGUCUCCUUUUCUUGUGCACACGGACAAAGUUCAACGGGAAAAGAGGGCAGCGGUAUUGUAGCUCGAGAUCUGAUUUUUCAAUUUGAGAUUUCAUUCUUCGAUUAAUCGAGGUGAGUGGGUGGAUCCUCUUCCGUUAGAAUCAUACUAGGUUAUAAGCAUAUAUAUACCCUAAUGCUCGUGUCUAUAUAGCCUAUUGUGUGUAUGCUUGGCUUGUUGAGAAAUUGAAUUUGCAAUUGAAUGGGUAGACUUUGGAUGAUGAUAGUGGUGAAUUGAAUCGUGGUAUUGUGUGGAUUAAACAUAUUUGGACUGAAAUUAGGAAUCAGAAAUCGGGAAAUUGGGUUGGGUUGCGUGGAGGUCGAUCCACUGUUGGUCGCCGGUUAAGGGCGGUCAAGCUCCGGGGACAUCUCCGUUUCCAGCAGGUUCUGCAAGGGAUCAUUGGGGUCGUUCAUCUCCUCAUCUCGUUUUGAUAUUGAUUCGUAUCCACGACAGAAACUUACUCAGGAAAAUAGUUCAAUUAGGCUUUUAUGUUACUUGGUGUUUUGUGAAUUUUAUUGGGAACUUUGGAAACAGCAAUUUGUAUGUUAAGAAUCAGAUCGUGUAAAUGUUAGAUUGAUUUGGGCAGAGAGGGAUUGCGCUAGCUAACUUAUUUGACAUAUGUACCCAGAUUGUGCAGGGUUGGAAUGGUUGUUCGGCAUAUGUACUAAGGCUGUGCACCUUUGGAAUCUCACUUACUUGCAUUCUAAGUGCCAUUUUGGAAUUUGGAUGGUUCAAUGGCUAAUCCAAAAUCGAUGACCUUACAAUUAAUGGUAAUACAACCACUGUGAAAAGUCAAGAUCGAUGGAAUUACAAUUGAUGAUAAUACAACCACUGUGAAAAGUCAAGAUCGAUGGAACAAAGAUGAUGAAGCUGAGAGCGAUGAACUUGAAGAUGCAGACAGUGAUGAGCAUUAAAGCUUUGGACUAUAUCUUCCAUAUCAAUGUGUAUUUUAAUUUAGUUCACUUUGACUGUUUAUACUUUAUCUUGAAACGUACACAAAUGAUGAACUAAUUUUGAGAUGUUGUUUUACUUUCAAGUAAAUGGGUUAGUUGUAA